AUGGAUUAUUCCUACGACGAGGACCUGGACGAGCUGUGCCCCGUCUGCGGGGACAAGGUCUCCGGCUACCACUACGGGCUGCUCACCUGCGAGAGCUGCAAGGGCUUCUUCAAGAGGACCGUGCAGAACAACAAGCACUACACGUGCACCGAGACGCAGAGCUGCAAGAUCGACAAGACGCAGCGCAAGAGGUGCCCCUACUGCCGCUUCCAGAAGUGCCUGACGGUGGGGAUGAGGCUUGAAGCCGUGCGUGCCGACCGCAUGCGAGGGGGACGGAACAAGUUUGGGCCCAUGUACAAGCGAGACCGUGCCUUAAAGCAGCAGAAGAAAGCACUGAUCCGGGCCAACGGCUUCAAGCUGGAGACCGCGCCACAGAUUGUGUCCCCCGUGCAGGCGGACUACGGCCUGCCCGCCUCCCUGCACGGUGUGGCCCACCCAGCCUCCAAGGGCCUGCAGCCCACCGCCAUGACGCCUGUUGACUAUGAGCGGAGCCCCUAUGGGACCCCAGCCAUGGGCAUGCCAGUGCCAGGCCACGGGCCACUCUCGGGCUACCACUACCCAUCCUUCCCCAGCCGGGCCAUCAAGUCCGAGUACCCCGACCAUUAUGCGCACCCUCACGAGGCUGCCCCGGCCUACACCUACCCGGAGGCCUAUCCCAACAGCUCACCAGCUGCACCCGAUGUUCCAGACGUGAUCCUGAAACUGCUGCAGCUGGAACCCGACGAGACACAGGUCAAAGCACGCAUCCUGGCCUGCCUGCAGCAGGAGCAGGCCAAGAGCCGCCAUGACAAGCUCAGCCCCUUUGGCCUGAUGUGUAAGAUGGCCGAUCAGACCCUGUUCGCCAUUGUGGAGUGGGCUCGCAGCUGCCUCUUCUUCAAGGAGCUGGAGGUGGGAGACCAGAUGAAGCUGCUGCAGAACUGCUGGAGUGAGCUGCUGGUUUUGGACCACAUCUUUCGGCAAGUGCAGUAUGGGAAGGAGCAUAGCAUGCUGCUGGUGACGGGCCAGGAGGUGGACAUGUCGACAGUCGCUAUGCAGGCAGGGUCUACCCUGAACAACCUGGUGCUGAGAGCACAGGAGCUGGCACUCCACUUGCAUUCCCUCCAAGCAGACAGGCAGGAGUUUGUCUGCUUGAAGUUCCUAAUCCUCUUCAGUCUCGAUGUAAAGUACCUGGAGAAUUCCAGCCUAGCAAAAGAUGCCCAGGAGAAAGCCAAUGCGGCGCUGCUGGAGUACACCAUCUACCACUAUCCUCACGCCACGGACAAAUUCCGGCAGCUGCUUCUCUGGCUAGCCGACAUUCGGUCUCUCAGCAUGCAGGCUGAGGACUACCUCUAUGACAAGCACCUGUGCGGGGAGGUGCCUUGCAACAACCUUCUGAUCGAAAUGCUGCACGCCAAGCGGACUUGA